AUGAUUCGUCUCUGCAACAACGACUUUGUUGGAUGGUGGUCUCAUCGCCAGUCUAUUGUGAACACUAUCUACGUCCUCAACCUUGAUGACUACGAGGGUGACAAGUAUUCCGAUGAACACGGCAAAAAUGGGUUCGGAAGAAUCAUCGGACUCAACUACUAUCACAACGCAGAGUUGACCACCAAGGGCCGCCCGAUUGUCCACAUGACCCCCAGGCUCAUUCAUUGCGGUGUUUGGAUUGACCCCGAGUUUCAUCGGGCUGAGCGCUUUGGCGAGGUCGACCUUCCGUACGAGUCUGAGAGCCUGGUUUAG